AUUUGUUCGCGGAACGAAAACAAAUGAUAAAUUUUUGAUCCUAAAUUUAUUUGAUUCUUGAAGAUUAUGUGAAGGGAAAAAAUGUCAGCAUCACCUAACACACCGAAGGGCUUCUCUGAAGUUCAGAAUGUUACUUUCAACUGGGAUGAUUACUUGAAGGAGGUGGGAGGAGAAGCAGCUCCAGAACACUACUUCAAACAGGCUGCAGAGCCUCCAAAAAAUGAAUUUGAGCCUGGAAUGAAGAUCGAGGCAGCUGACCCGAGAAAUCUGACCUCAACAUGUGUUGCAACGGUGAUAGCAGCUGUGGGGUCAAGGUUACGUCUCAGACUUGAUGGUAGUGAUAACAAGAACGAUUUUUGGCGUCUUGUUGACAGCUCGGACCUACAUCCUAUUGGUCACAGUGAAAAACAUGGAGGGCUCCUGCAACCUCCUUUAGGUUUUAGAAUGAACCCAUCCUCCUGGCCAUCAUUUAUGCAGAAAACAUUAAAUGGUGCUGUAUGUGCUCCAGACAGUUGCUUUAGAUCUGAGCCUCCCCCUCCCCGAAGAAAUGAGUUUAAAGUUGGUAUGAAGCUGGAAGCUGUUGACAGGAAGAAUCCUAUGUUGAUUUGUCCGGCUACUGUAGGAGCUAUAAAUGGAGACCAGAUACAUGUCAGAUUUGAUGGUUGGAAAGGUGCAUUUGAUUAUUGGUGUAGAUAUGAUGAUAGAGAUAUAUUUGCUGUUGGCUGGUGUGCUAAAACAGGACAUCCAUUACAGCCUCCCGGACAGAAAGAAAAAGCUUUGCCACAGAAGCCUGUGAGAGGUCGCAUCUCAGAUUCCACGUCAAGCAUAUCACCAGUCAGCAAGAAUUCCAGUCAUCGAAAAAGUCCCUCCCCUAGACCCACUAGUCCAUCAGAUUCUGAGGGUCAGCCUGUUUCGCCACGGGAAACACACAAGUCAGUCGUCACUGUAACAGAACCAGACACAAGCUCGCCUCCCCUUGUUUGUGUGUAUGUUAACCAUGGUUGUUACUGUGGGCCUUACCUCAAUCAGCAGAAAGUGAUGCGUCUACCGUCCCAAUAUGGUCCUGCCGUUAUAACUCGGGUGCUAUAUGAUAUUCUCAAAGGUUGUCUCGAGUCAGCAAUCACAGAGAAAGAUGUGUUCACUCUCAUACCAGAAGGUCAUGGACGAGUCGUCAUAUCCGCCACCCACGGUCACAAGUCACUGACUAAGCGUGUGAUAGCUGUUGAAAAUGAUACACAAUUAUGGGACCUUCUGGAUAAACUCACUGAUGACAUGGGAUGUUGUGAGGACCUUUUUGCUGCGUCACCACUCAACAAUGUUUGCCAGAAAUGUACACGAGCGAACAGAUCUGAUUCAGAAGGUCAACAGUCCCUAGAUAGUAGAUCCACUAAAUCCAAUCCCCGUAGGCGUUGGUCUACAGAAUCUUUAGAGAGCCUCCGCAACACAAAGGCAAAAGUGCGGCGGUCAUACGAGGCAGAGGCAAGUUCCACAACAGUCGAUACGAGAACUCACAGGCCACGAGAUCCAUCAGAGUGGUCAAUAGAUGAUGUAGUAAAACACAUCUGUGAUACAGACAUGGCGCUUGCUCCACAUGCUGUACUCUUCAGAAAACAUGAGAUUGAUGGUAAAGCCUUGUUGCUGUUGAACAGUGAUAUGAUGAUGAAGUAUAUGGGACUCAAACUUGGACCUGUUCUCAAAUUGUGUAACCUCAUAGACAGAUUGCGUCAGCGCAGGUGAACAAUUUGGUGCUGAACUAUGUGUGAUACAGUGCCGGAUACUGACACAUGUGAUGUUCAUAGAGCUUACAACAAUCCAUGGAACAAAACGAGAUGUCAUCUUCAGUGAAGUUGUGUUUUCCACAAUAACUAAAAUCAUGUAUUUUUGUGACAAGAGCACAAAAUAUUAAGAGAAGAAAUUAACAAUAAAUCAAACUGAAUCCUGUUGAAAAGAUCAUGUUGUUGAAAAUAUUGUUGUUUAUAAAAUAUUCAAGGUCUUUGAGUUGUUUAUCGUCUAAUACACCACUGUACACACAGACAUUCAACUGCGCAUGUGUUAACUCCAGCAGUUAAAUAUCGAAGUAUCGGAACCAUGAACUGGAUAAACUACAAAAAGACCUUGAUUAUUUUCAUCCUAACAUAGUCAUAAAAAUAUUAUGAAAAUAAAAUAUGCUGAUUCACAUUCAUUGGGUGAUGAUGAACCUGACGUCAUGACGUAAAUAAUUGAUGUCGUAAUGGUUUCCUAUCACAGCAGGUCAAACCCAUUGUUUAUUGCAGAAUAUACAACACUUGAUAUUGUUAUUUAUUUAAGUGACAAAGUAAUCAGCCUAAGUUAGAAUCAUUGAUUUAUGUUUUGAAUUGCCAUAUUAUUGAUAAAGUGUUGCAAUAUAUUGAUACUUCUAAUCAAUGCAAGUGUUUUAGAAACAAAGUUUCAGUGAAUGGUAGCUAUAUAAUGUUUUAACAGGGAGAUAACUCUUGAGAUAAAUUAUUGUCUUUUGAUUUGUUGUUCCCUAUUAAAGUAGUUCUGCAAGUUACUAUCAGUUUUGUUCUCUAAAAUAAUAGUUGAUCAAACCAGGACUUUUUAAAAUCUCGGGAUGUAUGGAUGGUGAUAUUAGCAGAUAUUUUUUCUACAAUGUAGGUUUUAAUAAUUUUUUUGUAACUAUCGUAAAUAAACUCCUUGUUUAUAUGGAUGAUGUGAUUAUUUUUUAGAUAUUUUCGCAUAAUUUAAGAGAUCUUCAAAUUUUAAGCUGAAUUAAGGACAUCUUUUAUUUUCAAGAAAGUGUCAACAUGUUUUUUUACAGUAUUUACUUUUGUAAAGAUAAUAAAAUGUUACCAUUUUUAGCUCACCUGUCACAAAGUGACAAGGUGAGCUUUUGUGAUCGCGCGGCGUCCGUCGUCCGUCCGUGCGUCCGUGCGUCCGUAAACUUUUGCUUGUGACCACUCUAGAGGUCACAUUUUUCAUGGGAUCUUUAUGAAAGUUGGUCAGAAUGUUCAUCUUGAUGAUAUCUAGGUCAAGUUCGAAACUGGGUGACGUGCCUUCAAAAACUAGGUCAGUAGGUCUAAAAAUAGAAAAACCUUGUGACCUCUCUAGAGGCCAUAUAUUUCACAAGAUCUUCAUGAAAAUUGGUCAGAAUGUUCACCUUGAUGAUAUCUAGGUCAAGUUCGAAACUGGGUCACAUGCCAUCAAAAACUAGGUCAGUAGGUCAAAUAAUAGAAAAACCUUGUGACCUCUCUAAAGGCCACAUUUUUCAUGGGAUCUGUAUGAAAGUUGGUCUGAAUGUUCACCUUGAUGAUAUCUAGGUCAGGUUUGAAACUGGGUCACGUGCGUUCAAAAACUAGGUCAGUAGGUCUAAAAAUAGAAAAACUUUGUGACCUCUCUAGAGGCCAUAUAUUUCAUUAGAUCUUCAUGAAAAUUGGUCAGAAUGUUCACCUUGAUGAUAUCUAGGUCAGGUUCGAAAGUGGGUCAUGUGCCUUCAAAAACUAGGUCAGUAGGUCAAAUAAUAGAAAAACCUUGUGACCUCUCUAGAGGCCAUAUUUUUCAUGGGAUCUGUAUGAAAGUUGGUCUGAAUGUUCAUCUUGAUGAUAUCUAGGUCAGUUUCGAAAGUGGGUCACGUGCCUUCAAAAACUAGGUCAGUAGGUCAAAUAAUAGAAAAACCUUGUGACCUCUGUAGAGGCCAUAUUUUUCAUGGGAUCUGCAUGAAAAUUGGUCAGAAUGUUCACCUUGAUGAUAUCUAGGUCAAGUUCGAAACAGGGUCAUGUACGGUCUAAAACUAGGUCAGUAGGUCUAAAAAUAGAAAAACCUUGUGACCUCUCUAGAGGCCAUACUUGUGAAUGGAUCUGCAUAAAAAUUGGUCAGAAUGUUCACCUUGAUGAUAUCUAGGUCAAGUUUGAAACUGGGUCAUGUGCCUUAAAAAACUAGGUCAGAAGGUCAAAUAAUAAAAAAACCUUGUGACCUCUCUAGAGGCGAUACUUUUCAUGGGAUCUGUAUGAAAGUUGGUCUGAAUGUUCAUCUUGAUGAUAUCUAGGUAAAGUUCGAAACUGGGUCAACUGCGGUCAAAAACUAGGUCAGUAGGUCUAAAAUUAUUAAAAUCUUUUGACCUCUCUAGAGGCCAUAUUUUUCAAUGGAUCUUCAUGAAAAUUGAUCUGAAUGUUCACCUUGAUGAUAUCUAGGUCAGUUUCGAAACCGGGUCACGUGCGGUCAAAAACUAGGCCAGUAGGUUUAAAAAUAGAAAAACCUUGUGACCUCUCUAGAGGCCAUAUUUUUCAUGAGAUCUUCAUGAAAAUUAGUGAGAAUGUUCACCUUGAUGAUAUCUAGUUAAAAUUCAAAACAGGGUCACAUACCUUCGAAAACUAGGUUAAUAGGUCAAAUAAUAGAAAAACCUUGUGACCUCUCUAGAGACCAUAUUUUUCAAUGGAUCUUCUUGAAAAUUGGUCAGAAUUUAUAUCUUGAUAAUAUCUAGGUCAAGUUCAAAACUGGGUCACAUGAGUUCAAAAACUAGGUCACUAUGUCAAAUAAUAGAAAAAACGACGUCAUACUCAAAACUGGGUCAUGUGGGAAGAGGUGAGCGAUUCAGGACCAUCAUGGUCCUCUUGUUAUGAAUUUAUAUAUGGGUUGCCAUUGUCAAAGUUUUUUUAAGUACUUUAUGGUAAUAAAUGACAUUACACCACUAGUUUGGUUUAUCAAACUUGCAGAACUACCUUAAUAAGGUAAAGUGAAAAUGAGCCGUGCCAUGAGAAAACCAACAUAGUGGGUUUGCGACCAGCAUGGAUCCAGACCAGCCUGCGCAUCCGCGCAGUCUGGUCAGGAUCCAUGCUGUUCGCUAAUAGUUUCUCCAAUUCCAAUAGGCUUUAAAAGCGAACAGCAUGGAGCCUGACCAGACUGCGCGGAUGCGCAGGCUGGUCUGGAUCCAUGCUGGUCGCACACCCACUAUGUUGGUUUUCUCAUGGCACGGCUCAAAUAAGUUUUAACUCUGAAAUGAAAUUGAAGUUGAGACUGUGUUUGUUUGUUAUAUAUAUUGCAAAUUUGUAUAUAUAAGUUGGUAGUAACAUGGAGCUUGUAAUAUUUGCUAGGUGAUUAAAUUAUACAUUUAUUGAAUGUUUUAAUUGAUUAAUUUUUAGUGCAACUUAAACUGUUGCUAUUGGAAAUGAAUGGUGCAUAAUGUGGGAAUUUUUGAUCUGUAUAUUUGGUGCAAAUUUAUUUCUGUGUUGCCUUCAUUUGAGAAACACAUAUAGUCAUUCUUUGAGUGUCAGAUUUUGACUUUUAACUUCUAGUAUGUAUGGUGUUUGGAUAGUUUAUGGACUUUUUCUGUAUCUCAAGAAUAAAUUGUACACAUAUUUCCUGCACAUCUCUCAUAGAUAAUUUUUCUUGUGAUAUAAGAUAGGUCAGAUAUGAGAUAGUUUUUGCAACUUCAGGAUUCUUGCCUUUUUAGCUUGUCUGAUUUUUAAAAAAAUAUCUACGAGGUUUUGUCAUUGACUUGAUCAUGGGCGUUUGUUAAUUUUUUUGUUUAGGUUCGCCUUUUCUUAAAAACUGUUAACAACUAUAGCUUUGAAACUUUGCAAACUUAUUUAUCAUCAUAAGGUGACUACAUAGGCCAAGAACCAUAACGGUGAUAAGCACUUUGUCAGAAUAUGGCCCCUUUUGUACUUAAAAAAUUUGAUUUUCUUGGUUAAAAUAUUUGUUAGGGUCCGCUUUUUCCCCCAAACUAAAAAAGUUACAGCUUUUAAACUUUGCACAGUUGUUUAUCAUCAUUAGAUGAAUAAGCAGACCAAGAACCAUAACUCUGACAUGCAUUUUGUGAGAAUUUUGGUCUUUUUUAU